AUGUCAGUCCGACAUAACUUAUCAACGGUUCGUAAAACCUGGUCUCUUAUCGUAAGACGGUGGUAUGCGGUGGAAGUGAAACCAGCAGAACAACCGUCAACUUCGGAGAAAAAUGCAUCAUUCAUUCUGAAAAAGAUUGAUUUGGUGCCGGAACGGUUACACCGUCAUUUGUUUGGUAGUUGUCCUAUUCCAGAGAAUACUGUGAAAGAUGAUCCAUUUGAAAUGCUCGAUUUGCCACAUCUGGAAGGUUCAAAUCUACUAGAUCAUUUUCAAAACACUGCUACCAAGCAGUUUGAACCAUAUCGUCGCCUUCUGGUUGAAGCAACUACUAUUCAAAAAUUACCUGCUAUGCCAGAGAAAUGGAUUUUUCAACCUGGUUGGACAAGAUAUGCAAUAAACCAGCCACCAAAACAAGUCGAUCAGCCACUUGAAGACUUGAUAUUUUUUGAUGUUGAGGUAUGUGUUCGCGAUGGAUUAUUACCGACUCUUGCUACCGCUGUCACGCCAAAGGCAUGGUAUUCCUGGUGCAGUGGUCGAUUGGUGAACGGUGUAGAUAUACCUGAGCUAUAUCGCUUGAAUCAUUUGAUUGCAUUUGAAGCAGAUGAAAAAGACUUGAAACAUCGUUUGAUUAUUGGGCACAAUGUAGCUUUUGAUCGGUCUAGAGUGAGAGAGCAGUACUAUAGAAAGGGAACGAAUACACGAUUUUGGGAUACGAUGUCAAUGGCAAUACCUAUAUACGGAAUGGCAGAUCAUCAAGUAGCUCUGUAUGAGAAGAAAGAUACAGAAGUGGACGAUUCUGGACCAAUCGGAUGGGUUGAUUAUUGGCGAUCACUUGUAUGCAAAAACUCAUUAAGUGCAUUGCAUGAAAAACUGUGCGGUAGCACUUCGUUGAAAUCAUUGAACAAAUCACUCCAAAUAUUUUUCGUGAAAGAACCCAUCGACGAAAUACGUCGGUCAUUUCAGGAUCUUACUACAUAUUGUGCUCACGAUGUUGUAGCUUGUUUCGAACUAUACCAGGUUUUGUAUCCUGAAUUCAUAAAAAGAUUUCCGCAUCCGGUAACAUGGCAAGGGAUGCUUGAAAUUGGCAAUGUUUAUCUGCCUGUUACGAAGAAUUGGCGGAAAUUUUUUGAUAAUAAUGAAACUCGUGCAAAUAAUGAAAACAGAACCGCUGCAAUCGGGGUAGUAUAUGCGGCACGGGAACUAGUAGAAAAAUUGGAAAAGCCGAUUCAAUCAUACAAAUAUGAUCCAUGGAUGUGGUCUGUGGAUUGGAGCAAUCGUAAGGGAGAGAACUUUCCUGUGUGGUAUGAAUCGUUACUACGCACUAGGAAUCUUGUUAACACCCCCAUCGAAGAGUUAUCCCAAGCAGAUGUGAAAUUGAAAAGCCGUGUUGUACCACGAUUAUUUGGACUUUGUUGGGGACCAUAUCCUUUGCACUACAAGACUGAUAAGGGUUGGGGAUUUUUGGUCCCAAAAGAUUCUCGUAUUGCCUUAUCAGAUGUGCCAGAAUUAGACGAAGUUAUCUUAAGGCGAGGUGUAAAAGCUACAAUUCCUGUGAAGGCAAUUCUAAACGUAAUACAGCAAAACAUAGCUGAAGGUGCGGGAAAUGCUGUGCUGGCACAUUCCCACUCAUCAAUUAGCAUCUUUAAUUUUCACAAAUUGCCACAUCCUAAUGGUGAACAUGACAAUGUCGGUGAUCCAAUUUCAAAAGCUUUUCAAUUGGAAAUCGAGGAAGGUGUUUUGUGGCCUGCGCGCUACAAAAAAGAGUUUUCAGAUUUAUAUCGAGCAAGAAAUACCACACGAUUUUGGAACAAUUACAGGGAUCGAUUCCAAGAGCAGGUAACGGUCUGGUUUGAUGAAAAUGGUGAUGAGGGAGCUAUCGCACCAUCGAUCAUUCCAGCUGGUACAGUAACAAGACGAGCUGUUCAUAAACUUUGGCUAACAGCUAUUAAUCCAAAGGAUGAUCAAAUGAUUGGUACUAGCUUAAAGUCAAUGGUAGAAUGUCCUGAAGAUUGGCAUAUUGUUGGUGCGGAUGUUGACUCACAGGAACAAUGGAUAGCAGCGAUGUUAGGUGAUUGUUGUGUGGGGAAAGGUACAGCCGGUUCAACUCCUUUCAGUAAUAUGCUUUUGGCAGGUCGUAAGAUUGAUCACAGUGAUUUGCAUAGUGUUGUUGCGAAGGAAGUUGGCAUCAACAGGGAUAAAGCAAAGGUAUUGAAUUAUGCACGGCUUUAUGGUUCUGGUGUGGUACAUGCAGCUGAAUUUCUGAUGCAGUCAGGGAUGAAUGCGGAGAAAGCAUUAAGCGUAAGCAACAAGUUGUUCACUACAACAAAAGGCAAACGAUUCAAUUUUUUGAAACUGAACAAGAAUUACAAUGAUUAUUUUCGUUGGUACAUCGAUAAUGUGUGCACUUCAAGGAUGAAGGCAUGCUAUGUGUAUGCGAAUGGCAGUUAUUUCUUACCAGAAUAUCGCAUUCAGCAAGGGAAACUGACGCUAAACUUUGAAGACUGGCUUUAUGAAAGUGUUUGGAGUAAACUGCGUGAAAAGGGGCAGGAUGCGAUCGAUUUCAACAAAGAGUGGCUAAUUAAACAAAUUUAUGAUGGAUGCAAUGAAUAUCAGCUUUAUGCUGGAGGAUUUGAAUCUGAUACGUUCAAUUAUUUGGAACUAACGCUGAAUGAUUCUAAGCCGCGUACUCCGGUAUUGGAUUGCCAGCUUGGUUACUGCUUGACUCCAUUACCAAAGGAUAUCAGAGAUCAUGAAUAUUUCUUAAAAAAAUAUCGACGUUCAAUCAUAAAUUGGGUGGUACAGUCAAGUGCUGUUGAUUUUCUCCACCUGCUUAUUGUAUGCAUGAAAUGGCUUUGUGAAAUUUAUCAUAUUGACGCUCGGUUUGCUCUUUCAAUUCACGACGAGAUUAGAUAUAUUGUGCCAGCAGAAGACCGUUAUCGAUGUGCACUAGCGUUGUCAUUAAGUAAUAUGUAUGUGCGUGCUAUGAUUUCUCAAAAAUUGGGCAUCAGAGAGCUGCCAAUGUCGGUUGCAUUCUUUAGUCAGGUUGAUAUUGACCGCGUGCUUCGAAAAGAAGUCAAUUUAGUAUGUACGACGCCAAGUGGCGAAUGCAUUCCACCAGGGGAAGCAUUGGACAUGAGCGCUAUUUUGAUGAAAACUGGUGGUACGUUGAAGAAAGUUGCAGUGGCGGAAUAUCAAUAUAAGGGAAAGCAUUCCAGAAAACAAUGA